AUGUCUACAAAGACUUACAAAAAGUUCGAGAAUGCCGGUUCAGGGGAUUUACCUGAUAAGAUGACCGUCUAUCAGGAUUGUAUGAACACCUUCAACGAAUCUCCAGUUAAUCCAAAAAGAUGUCGUAUCCUGAUCUCUAGAUUAUUAAGAUUAUUAUCUAAUGGUGUUGCAUUCCCAGAAAAUGAAGCUACUGCUUUAUUUUUCUCAAUUUCAAAAUUAUUUCAACAUCAAAAUGAUGCUCUAAGACAAGUUGUUUACCUUGCUAUCAAGGAAUUGAGUGGAAUGUCAGAGGAUGUUCUUAUGGCCACAUCAUCUAUUAUGAAGGACGUUCAAAAUGGUUCUGAUUUGGUCAAACCAAAUGCCAUUAGAGCUCUAACUUAUGUCCUUGAUGAAUCGACAGCAUUCUCAGCUGAAAGAUUAUUAAAGAGUGCUGUGGUCAGUAAACAUCCGGCUAUUUCUUCUGCUGCUCUAUGUACUUCCUACAACUUGCUACCAAUUUCCGAGGUCACUAUUAAGAGAUUUGCUAAUGAGGCUCAAGAAGGUAUUAGUGACCUGAAACAAUUUCCAAACAUUCCUUACGAUGAACACAGUCUCUUAGUUGGCGAAUUUUAUCCAAACUCUAGCUACAUGGCUCAAUACCAUGCCAUCGGUUUAAUUUAUCAAUUGAAGAAAAAUGAUAAGAUGGCUAUUCUAAAGUUAGCUUCCCAAUUAGCUGACAGCAACACUUUGAAGAACCAAUUGGCUAAAGUUCAAGUGGUAAAGCUAAUUGCAGAUUUGAUUAAUAGAGAUCCACAAUUGUUCAAUGAAUUCCAAUCAGUUUUGUUUGCUUGGUUGACAACCAAACAUGAAGCUGUUCAGAUCGAAGUUGCAAAAGUUAUUUCAACUUUUGCUUUACGCAACCAACGCCUUGUCGCACCAGAUAGUUUUGCAUACGUUGUUAGCACUUUACAAGCUUUACUAACCGUCCCAAGAGUCUCUACUAGAUUUGCCGUUUUAAGAAUUCUUAAUAAAAUCGCAAUGGUUGCUCCAGAAAGGAUUGCUCUAUGUAACCCGGAAUUAGAAACGUUGAUCAAUGAUACCAACAGGAAUAUUUCUACUUAUGCCAUUACCAUCCUUCUAAAGACUGGUAAUGCUAGUAACAUUGCCUCUUUAAUUUCUAGAAUCUCCCGUUUCUUCCAUGACGUUUCUGAUGAUUUCAAAAUUAUUAUUAUUGAUGCUGUUCGUACUCUUUCCUUAAAUUUCCCUCAAGAAUGGAAGAGUAUUGUCAAAUUUUUGAUGGAUGUCUUGAAGAACAGUGAAGGUGGUUUGAAAUUUAAAAAUACAGUGGUCGAAGCUAUAAUUGAUAUCGUUUCUUUCAUCCCAGAAUCCAAGGAAUUAAUCCUUGAAAACUUAUGUGAUUUUAUUGAAGAUUGUGAAUUUAACGAAAUCUUAGUCAGAAUUUUACAUUUACUAGGUAAAGAAGGUCCAUACACCUCUAAACCAUCAUUAUAUGUUAGACACAUUUACAACAGAGUUGUUCUAGAGAACUCAAUUAUCAGAUCUGCUGCUGUUGUAGCGCUUGCUAAAUUUGCUUUGACAAAGAAUGAUCCAACAUUAAAGGAAUCUAUUGUAAGUUUAUUGAACAGAAUUGCCAACGAUCAAGAUGAUGAAGUAAGAGACAGAGCAACAAUUGCUCUAAGAUUGAUCGAGUCGGCUGACGGAGACAAUACAAAUGUUGCUACUGAGCUAAUUGAACCAAAAUACUUCUAUGAUUUACCAUCCCUAGAAUCAAAACUAAGCAAUUAUCUAAACACAAACGACGAUUCUUUCAAAACUGCAUUUGAUUCAUCUAGUGUCCGCAGAUUUACCGAGGAUGAAGUGAAGGCCAUUGAAUUAAAGAGAAAACAAGAACAAUCAUUGGGAGCUACUUCUGAAUCAUCAACUGAAGCCGGUACCAAGAAGUCUAAGUUAAAUGACAAAACAGAAAAUAAUGUAUUCGGAGGUUCUAGUGUUGGUGAAGACGAACAAGAGUUAUUGAACGCUAAAUAUGCCGAAGAGUUAUUAGCAAUUGAUCAAUUUAAAGAAUAUGGUAAAUUAAUCAAUAGCUCGAAAUCCGUUUCCUUAACCGAAACGGAAGCCGAAUUUGUUGUCAACGGGAUUAAGCACAUAUUCAAAGAUUACAUUGUCUUACAAUUUAAUAUCACUAAUACCUUACCUGACGUUGCCCUAACUAACGUUUCUGUUAGUUGUACACAGGAGGAUGCCGAAACUUCUCAACUAGAAGAACUGUUCAGUAUUGCUAUAGAUAAACUAUUACCAACAGAAGUUGGUGCAUGUUACGUUGCCUUUCAAAAGACUGAUAACUUGGUCAUUGAAGGUUUCUUGAACAACUUGAUUUUCACCACGGUGGAUAUCAAUCCAGAUACUAACGAACCUUAUGAAGGUGAAGAGGGCUUCCAAGAUGAGUACGAAAUUGAUUCUCUAUACAUUAAUGCUGGUGAUUAUGUGACCGGUUCGUUCAUUGGAAACUUCGAUACAGCUUUCGAUGAAUUACCAGCCGAAGAGAUUGCCGUUUUCAAUAUUCAAGAGAAUCUAUCCUUACAAGAAGUCAUUGAUAAAAUUAUUACAAACUCCAACUGUCUACCUCUAAAUAACACACAAUUUGCCCCAAGCGAUUCAAACUCACAUGUUCUAAAAUUGUUUGGUAAGAGUGUUUUGAGUGGAUCGAAGGUUGCGUUACUUAUUAAAAUGAUUCAUAGUUCAAAAGGUAUUGCUCUGAAGGUUCAAGGUAAGGGUGAAGAUGCUACAUUGUGUUCUGACCUUGUCAAUGGUUUGAUGUAG